AUGUCAUCUUUCCUAGGGUCAACUGAUCUGAGGAUUGUUCUGGUGGGUAAGACAGGAGCUGGGAAGAGCAGCACAGGCAACACCAUUCUCAGAAAGAAGCUGUUCAAAUCGUCAUGUCGUGCAAACUCUGAUACAGCUAUAUGUAAGGCUGCAACCAACACUGUUGAUGGGAGGAAAAUCACUGUGGUUGACACACCAGGGUAUUUUUCUACUGAGUGCACUAAUGAAGAGCUAAAACUUGCCAUAGUCAAAUGCCUCGUAGAGUGUUCCCCUGGACCUCACGCUUUUCUUAUCGCGCUGCCUGUGAGGAGAUACACAGAGGAGGAGAAGAAAACAGUGGAAGAAAUUCUGGAAACAUUUACGAAGGAGGCUCUGACGUACGCUGUUGUCCUGUUUACCCACGGUGACCAGCUUGACGAUGACAUGACCAUCCAGAAGUUUGUGGAUGAUAAUGACCAUCUGAAAACACUUGUCCAAAAGUGUGGAAACCGGCUUCAUGUCAUCGAUAACAAAUACUGGGACAAUCCCACUAAAGGCCACAAUGAUGAGAGAAGCAACGCCACUCAAAUCAAAAAGCUUCUGAACACGAUUGAUCAGAUGGUGGAACGGAACGGAGGCAAGCACUACACCAACGAGGUGUUCCAGGAUAUUGAAAACGACAUUAAAGAGAACAUGGCAAAGGGAAAUACCAGAGAAAAGGCAAAAAAGAAUCUUCCAAUGGACGAGUUCUCUGGGAAUAGACACACAGAGGAGGAGAACAAAGCAGUGGAAGAGAUUCUGAAAAUGUUUGGGGAGGGGGCUCUGAAGUACGCUGUUGUCCUGUUUACCCACGGAGACCAGCUUGACGAUGACAUGACCAUCCAGCAAUUUGUGGAUGAAAAUGACCACCUGAAAACACUAGUCCAAAAGUUUGGAAACUGCUUUCAUGUCAUCCAUAACAAAUACUGGAAGAAUCCCACUGAAGGCCCCGAUGAUGAGAGAAGCAACGCUGCUCAAAUCAAAAAGCUUAUGAACACGAUUUAUCAGAUGGUGAGAGAACAGAGGGAAGCACUACACCAGUGA